AUGACGAACAUCGGUUACUUCCUUGCACAGGAGUUCGUAUCCAAAGACUAUCAUGUCUUUGCAACUGCUCACAAGAUCUUGAAUAUGGAAGAUCUUACCUCCAACCCCGACCACAUCACGACCCUCGCUCUCGACAUUAUAUUCCCCGAGUUAAUUCUCGCCGUAUACGACACCGUCAAGCCCAAGUGCGAUGGGAAAGUCGACAUGAUAUUCCACAAUUCCGGCUAUCGAUCUGCCGUGGCCACUGAGGCUAGCUAUACCGAAUCGCUUCAAAUGCUGACAACCGACUUCGCGAACGUGAUUGAACGGGAUCGCGUAUUUGCAGGCCUGCUCAUUCAAGCAAUAGGGACAAUUGUCUUUACAAGCGGCCUCUUGGGUCUUAUGCCCUAG